CAGUUUCGAAAUGGCUGUGGAACUGUUAUGGCUAAUCUCCUACACUAUAGCUGCUCUUUUUGUUAGCUGUUUCGGCUGUAUUCUUUUUUUUCUUGCGUAUUUGUACUACGUGCACAGAAGAGUUGCUCAUAUACCUGGUCCACCUCGCUCUAGUUUCAUUUUGGGCAACAUUCCAGAGAUUUCUAAGUACAAAGAUGUAACUGGUAAAACGUUGCCUGAAUAUUUGGUGGAAAAAAGGUUUGAAUAUGGUCCAGUCUUUGUUAUAGUUUUGGUACAUAGAGCUAUAGUAUUUUUAAGUGAUCCAAACGAUGUGAGACAUGUUUACAUAAACAAUAAUAAGAUCUUGUGCAAAAGUGAUUUUCUUUGGCGUAAGCUCGGUUUUAUUUAUGGCGAGAGAGGAGGUGGUUUUGGACUUGUUACCAAUACAGACCAAACUUUAUGGCGCAAGCGAAGGACGCUCAUGAAUCCAGCUUUUCAUCGAAAAUGCUUGAAAGAUUUUAUGAGCAAUUUCAAUAAUGUUUGUGAUAGAUUUUUAGCCCACAUGGAAACAGUGUCUGAUUGUGGUAAACCCACCAGUAUGGUACAUGAGUUUGCGAAAGUAACUUUGGAAGCAAUCAGUCAAGUAUCUUUUAAUAUUAAUACCAAUGCUAUUGAGCUGCCAGAUUCACCUUUCCCAGAUGCAAUACGAAACUAUCUACAAGGUGUACAAGACAAUAUUAAUAUCCCAUUGAACCCCACUCUCCUUGCAUUAUUUCAAUUUAAACUGUUUCAGAAUGAGAACAUAAAAAGGCAAAUUAGUGCAGCUCAAUUCCUCCGUAAAUUUGCCAAUGAUUGCAUCACCGCCAGAAUGAAGGAUAUCGCAGAUGGAAAGGUUGUUCCUGAUGAUUUAUUAAGCAUUUUGAUUAAACAUGAUAGCUGGUCAUUAGUUGAUAAAAUUGAUGAAUUCAUAACCAUUUUUAUUGCUGGCCAAGAAACAACUGCAAAUGCACUGUCAUUUGCACUAUAUGAAAUCAUUCUCAAUCCCUGCAUUGAAAAGAAGAUUCUUAAUGAGGUUAACGAGGUGCUUGGUGAACGUGAUUAUGUUGAGUUUGAUGAUUUAACAAAGCUGAAAUAUCUUGGUCAAGUUUUUGAGGAGAGUUUGAGAAAAUUUCCUGUAGUUUCAUCUCCUUCAAGAUCCUUAAUGAAGAGUCUUACAGUUGGAGGAUAUUAUAUCCCUGAAGGUAUUUCUGUUCAUACCAUGCAGAUGUUUUUUGGUAGGAAUCCUGAAAUUUGGAAAGAUCCAGAAGUUUUCAACCCGGAUAGAUUUGCUAAUGUUGAAAACAUGCCAAAUUUUACCAUGACUCAUUUUCCUUUCUCACUUGGUCCUCGAAAUUGCAUUGGACAGACAUUUGCAAAGUUUGAAUCAAAAGUAAUCAUGGCAAAACUGCUGAGAAAGUUUCAGUUUCGGCUGCUACCUGGUCAGACUGAUCAAAUGGAUGCAAGGCUUACCAUGUCUCCUAGAGAUGGUGUAAUGUGUGAAGUUGCUAAACGUGAAUAAUCACAUGAGCUAGUUCCAUGAACUAAAAAAGAUUUCCAUUGUCAGUGGACAUUAUCUACUAUGCAUAGUAAAACGCCGAGAUGGCCUAGUAAAUUCUGUUGCAAAAUACAAUAUUGGAUAUUAACUGGUGUCAAUGUGUCAUGAUAAUUUAUUGUGUUAAUUAAAACAUUAAAUGAAGAAACCUUUAUAGCGACAUUAAAGGAUUAAUAUAAUCGAAAGACAUUUAUACAUUUAUAUUGGUGCUGUAUGUUACGUGAUUUAUCUUAAUUAUCCUCAUGAUUUAUUUUCUUGCAUUGCAAUAAGUUAAAUAAUUAAUGAAUGGCCUUAUUAUUUCUUCGUAUAAUCUAUAUAUCUUAGACUUUGAAUACUGAAAGAUAUGACAAUUAUUUCUAUCCAUCGAACCAUUUCAGGUCAGUCGCCUGGAAAGGCGCACCCGGUGGCGUAGCGCACGUUAGGUGGGGUACUAGGGUUAGGACAAAAACUAAGGCACCCCCCGGCCGUUCAGGCCCCAGAGUCUACUAGUGUCUCCAUUGGUAUAAUCUAAGCUAGGAUAGAUAUAAAGAAACAUGAUGAUGGUGUGAGUAAAACAUGGUUACUGAAAAAACA